AUGAUAAGUAGGAAUCGUUUCCGAGAUCUAUUUACGGAUUUCUCAGCGAGUAGAGAAAUUCCUGGGCUGACGAAGAGGAUCUCUGCUUAUGUGGAUUUGAGGGUAAAGCCUUGGUGGAUUCGACCUUUGUUUUUUUGGCUGGCCACGCUGUUGCAGAUGACUUGGCCUUAUCGCUGGCUAUUUAGAGCAAAAACUGGUAAAAGUCAUUACGCUCUAAAGAAGUUGAUCUAUAAGAGUACCACGCCCCAAAUGAAUCCAAUAACAGUGCUGGCCGAUGGUGGAACUUCGACCACUGACUCCAGCGUCCUGGAAAACAGCCAAAUAUCUUAUCCGAUGCCAGAGAUCGUUAAUACAGGCAGAGGGAGCCCCGCCUACGGAAACGGUUGCCAACCGAAUCCACCAGGAGAUCCAACUGGGAGCCCUCCUUUGCCGGUCGCACCCCAACGAAGCGCAUCCCUUGCGACCUACGACACUGGCACCUCAUAUCAACCUCCUGUGAAUAAUCCUUAUCUCACAGGUGGAGCUGCGUUUCCUACUCAGCCACCCGGACCUGUCUACCCUCCUUAUUCUGUGGUACCGCAGCCAGACGAGCCCCCGCCAUCUUACGAUGCUGCUGUACGAUACACUCCUGACAUUCCCCAAGCAAGUAACGAGAAAAUAAACCCUGGGACUUAAGGGUGGUGGAGAGAAUAUUAGAGAAAAAUAAACGUAUCUGUGGUGUUACGGCAAUACAAAAAAAAGAAAGAAACUAACUAUUACACUAAAUUGCAUUGUUUGAUUUUUAUGGUCGAGAUAAGGCGUUAUUUUCCGUUAGAUUUCUACUUUAAAAGCCACUUAACGUCAUGCAUAUUGCUACACAGUGAAAACGAACAUAUUGUUUGGGUCGAAAAUUCUUUAGAACUUCUGUUUUCCAAAGGAGUCGCCCAUUUUCCAGGCUUGUUCGUUCGUAGAGGUAGCAGUUUAAAAAUGAGCGUUUAUUCGAGGACACACUGUAUUUAGCGUUUUCUAGUGAUUUAACAACGGUGCUGAGAAUAACAGUACCCAACAACUCUUUUCCGUGAAAUAACCGUGAAGCGGAAGGUUUCACUUGUUGUCACCAAGCAUGAAGUUUUUCAGCAUGUUUUGGCCGUGGUGGUAAGGACAUAGCAACCCGAAUAGCCUUUGGUGCAAAGAAAAACCCUGAAUUGAGAGAAAAUUAUAUAUAGUCUUGUGGUUUGACAUUUUCUCUAAUGUUGUAACCAGAAAUAUUUUGAAAGUAAUUAUGGAUGACGCAUUUUGCAAUUAAGUUAACUAUACUAGGCAUUUUAAAAUAAAAAUAAAUGAAAUAAAGAUAAGUGGAAGUUAUUCCUUUCAAAAAAAUUACAGUGUCACGCUAUACUCCUACGCCUCAGCCCCCCCCCCCCCCCCCCCCCAUAACGGCCACUUAGCCCGUGGUGGCCGCUGCAAAGAGACUUGAGCCAUAAUUGUAACUCUGUGGAAGUGAUGUUACACGGGACAAUUCGCAGCAACGAUUUUUAACCCAAUCUCCAUCAGAAGGAGUUGUUGGAAUAGCGCGAGCGUUAGCACCAGGUGCACGCUCUGUAACUUACAUUUAAUGGUGGGAAGAGGUAAACCGAGGGAAGUAAAUCUUGCAGUGGUCGUGAUGGACAACUGAGUCCCAUUCCAAGUAAAUUCCAGUUCCAGUGACCUGAUUUUCCUAGAAUUAGCCAUUUGCACUCCUCCCACAAUACACCUUCCCUGGGAUUUCCCCUCGCGCCGUUUCCCCUUCUUCUGAGAAACUGUGAUAGUAAAGAAGACUUAACGUCAAGCACCUACAGGAAGUAACAGACGGCCUUUUGUUUUCAAGAGUUUGUCCGUUGAAUUUCUUUCCGAAAAGUGAGGGAUUUUUUGCGGUAAGAAAAGAAUAAACUCUUUCACCCUUAUACAAUGUAAUGGCAGGAUGUUUUGCCGCUAUAACUUUGCCCACCUUUUAGGUAUGUGGACAAAAUUCUUUGCUUUACCAUCGAAAUGAAACCUUUUUGGUAUCCUGGGAAAACAGACGUUUGUCCUCGCUCAUCGCCGCCGGGGGACGUUUCGCGAAAGGUCCCAGCGGCGAAGAGCGAGGAGAAACGGCUGCUUUCGCAGGCUACCUUUUUGGCAGAAUUUUUGCAUCAUGUUAUUUACCUUUUAGGAUUUUAUAAAAAGAUAUUUGGAAUUUUUGAAGAAUUUUUUAAAAUGGCCACUAUGAGAUUGUAAGAGUUAACAAAGAGUUGUUCAGUUUUUGUAGAUAGAGUGCGGUAGACCAACGAAACUCCUAAGUCCAAUAUCAGUUUCGAAACCUUUUCAUCUAUUUUGUCACUGGCAAAAUUUCGUCUGAUACGUGUCGCACUUUAUCCAUAAUAUUCUGUUAAUAAACUUCCGCUUCAAUAUUGGCCUGUUGGUUUACCCAAACUCACCACCUCAAAACCUGACUUUAACGCCGACCAUUGCAGUAUGUGUCUGUCAAAAACGUCUUAUUGUUACAUUAUAUACGACUGCAGAAAUAUUUCGCAUUCAUUUAGUUUUGUCCCUGAGGAAAUUAUCCCAAGUGAUCAUGAUGACACGGCUACUUUUUUUACUGUGGAUUUUGUGUAGCAUGUUAAUCGCAUUCUCCAGUUGCAGAAAUUUGUGUUCAAGGAUUUUCUUUCAAAACAUCAAUGAAGAAACCAUGCCUUACAAAAUCAUUGAAGGUGUAUACACCAAGGAGAAUAACAACCACAACAACUUCCCUGUAUAUAGGCGAGAAAACGGCAAUCUACUGUUUUACUAUUAUAUUUCCAAGGAAGGCCUAAAAUUUUUGAUUUUUGGACGUGAUCUGAAAGUUUACUUUGGCGUCGUUGCUGAUGUUUAUAGCGCUGUUGAUCCUGUGUCUUGGUUGAACUCCGGGCGUUUGGAUAGAAGUGAUGUCUUUGGAGGAUUGAUAUACAACUGGCGGUUCUACAACACGCGUGAUAAAACCCAUUACUAUGUUGUAGUUAAUAAUUCGUCGCCUAUAAUUAAAGCUGUAUGCGUGGAUGAAGAUUUCAGAGAAUGUAACUCGGACAGACUUUACAUGAAUGUUAAUAUCACCUACAGAAGGGGGAAUGUUUCAAACGAUUACACUCGAGAUUAUUUUUUUCGCAAGCAAGGUGUCUUCCGUAACCUUCGUCCUUUGUAUGAGCACAGUAGACAAAAGUGGUACCUUCAAUACACUGCUGACGGCUUCUGGGUGAUAACAGAAAGGUACUCACCAAGCAAUUCAAAUGAUAAAACAAUUUCCAUGAGGAUUAAAGAUUUUGCCCUGCGACCAGAGUUCAUCAGCAAGACUUGGUCGGUCGCGGAGGCGGUCGGUUAUGUCGAAACGGGAUGGCGUUAUAUGCCUAAACUUAGAGUCUUGUGUAGAGGAGUAAAUUCCAUGACGAAUACUUGUGUAUCAAAGCCAUGUAAUAGCAAAGCUACAUGCAUCUACACUUCCGGUAAGGAAACACUUUGUCUCUGCCCUUACGGUUACACCGGUGUGACAUGCUCUACCAACAAACAGUGCCCCACUCCCUACCCUUUAUCUGGCACAGAACUGGUUUUUUACCAUUCUGGAAAAAGGCCUGGCGAUCUCGGCUUUUCCUUCUGCAGUGGAUCGUAUCCUCCUGUAAGGUUUGCCGUGUGUGUGGAAAGCAAAUACCGUGUUAAUCCUUACUGGAGCAGACAAGGGAGCGCCUGCCGUAAAGGGAAUACUGGAAGCACUUCUUCUCCACGGACGCCAUGGUAUACACAAACAACCGAGAGGUUCUGGACGCCAUGGAAUCCACGAACCUCCUGGAAAUCUCCCACUCCUCGAGCUCGUCGUGUUAACUUUGAUGACAACCCUGUAAUCACCCCCGUGGUCCUUACUUCUGCCGUCAUAUUGGAAUUGCUCCUGCCAUUUAUCAUCUACUGCUGCGCUAUGUGCAUGAAAAAUAUUAAGGAAUGCACGGAAGAACAGGAAGAUCAGAGGAGAUUCCAGGAAGUUGGCGGGGAAUUAGAAAGGAGACUGGAGCAAGUUGCUAGGGCCGGAAGCCGAGUGGAACUCGACCGUGAUGCUCAGGAUUACCAACGAGCCGUCCAGGAAUACCAACGUGAGAACGAAGACAAAGAACUGAGCCGCAAAAAAGGCUUGUACAAAAAUUCGAGUUUAUGGCGAAUCAUUUCCAUUCACCUCUUUUUUUCCUUUUACCUGUGGAUCGUGUAUCUUGUGGGUUGUGAAAUUUUCCAGUGUACUCAGUACGGACGUAUUUUCGUCUCCUUGAAAAAUUUUGGAAUUGUGAUGCUGUGCCUCUCGUCUGUGUACAUUUUCAUAGAGAGCAUCUUCUCCCACGAGCUGGAUUACUUAAGAAACAUCAUGAAGGACGAGACCGCUUGGGGCUACAUACAGAAAAUGCAUCAAGUCGCACCAAGGAUUGGCAUGGUCGUGGAGUGCUAUCAUUUCGAGAUGCGCACACGUGACGUAUACUACAAGGACGCGAAUGGAAACCCGCAGUCCCGCACAGAAACUUAUACCGAGAAGGUUGUGACAUUCGAGGACCACGAUGAAUUCUCGUUUGGCUCGUGGGUUGACAUUUCCAAAAGAAAAAUGCCAGCACUGAGUUCAGUGUCUCUCACUCGAGUAAGAAUCGAUCCUUAUGUCUUAUUCGGUGAUCAGGAGACAGCAGAUGAUUACGAGAGACAAGCAACAGUCAUGAUAGAAAGGAAUCGUCACCGAGAUGCCUUUACGGAUUUCUCAGCGAGUAGAGAAAUUCCUGGGCUGAAGAAGAGAAUCUCUGCUUACGUGGAUUUGAGGGUGAAGCCUUGGUGGAUUCGACCUCUGUUUUUUUGGCUUGCCACACUUUUGCAGAUGACUUGGCCUUAUCGCUGGCUGUUCAGAGCAAAGACCAGCAAGAGUUACUAUGCUCUAAAGAAGAUGAUUUAUAAGAGUACCACGCCCCCACGAGAAGUAAACCUUAUGGAUCAAAUAGCAAUGCUGGCGGGUGAUCUAAAUUGCAAUGAUUCCGGCGUUCCGGAAAAU